AUGUCCUUCUUCUUCCGCGCGGCGUCGCGGCCGCGUUCGUCGCAGCAGGACCUCGUGCGCUCCAUCAAGGACUCCCUCCUCGCGCUCGACACCAAGACCGGCGCCAAGGCCCUCGAAGAUGUUGAGAAAAACAUAUUCACCUUGAGACAAACACUUUCUGGUGAUGGAGAAGUUGAACCAAACCAGGAUCAUGUCUUACAGAUAGCCCUUGAAAUUUGCAAGGAGGGUGUCCUUUCUCUUUUUGUUCAGAACCUGCCUUCGCUGGGUUGGGAGGGAAGAAAGGAUCUUGCCCACUGCUGGUGCAUUUUGUUGAGGCAGAAGGUUGAUGAAAGUCACUGCUGCGUGCAGUAUAUCGAAAAUCAUGUUGAUCUUCUAGAUUUCCUUGUUGUAUGCUACAAGAACUUGGAAGUCGCAUUGAACUGUGGAAACAUGUUGCGAGAAUGCAUAAAAUAUCCCUCACUUGCAAAUUUUUCCUUCAGUUUACCUUCUAACUGUAUGUAUGAGCAGUUGGCUUUGUUCUGCUCUUUCAGAUAUAUAUUGGAGUCAAAUAGCUUCGAGUUGUUUUUCCAGUAUGUUGAAUUGCCAAACUUUGAUAUUGCUUCUGAUGCUCUGAAUACGUUCAAGGAUUUGCUCACUAGACAUGAAGAUGCAGUCUCUGAGUUUCUCAUUUCCCAUUAUGAACAGUUCUUUGAACUCUACAAAAGGCUUUUAACUUCAGAUAAUUAUGUGACAAGAAGACAAUCAGUGAAGUUUCUUUCAGAGUUUCUGUUGGAGGCCCCAAAUGCUCAGAUAAUGAAGCGGUACAUUUUGGAAGUUCGUUACUUGAACAUUAUGAUGGGUCUACUAAAGGCUGGUGGUACUAGUAUGAGAAAUGAGAAACACUGCUUUUGUAUUACUGGCUUGCCAGCCACCAUGAUAUUCAAAAUUGUGGCUACUACUGAUCCAGAGCUGAAUGUUUUUCUGUUUGUAACCAUGAUAAAUGGCAUAAUUAUUUACAGCCUAGCUGAUAGAAAGGUAUUUGUUGCCAAUCCAAACAAGCCUCGUGAUAUUAUUCAAGUUUUGGUAGACAACCACAAAGAAUUAUUGAAGUUGCUCCAUGCUCUUCCUGCAAGCAAAGGUGAAGAUGAACAACUUGACGAGGAGCGAGACUUAAUUGUCAAGGAAAUCGAGAAGCUUGUGCGCUUGUCAGUAUAG